ACGCGCACAGUCCCGAAGAGGAGGGGGGGGGGCAUCUAUAUACAACCCCGAGAAGGCCACGGACUCAUCACCGGCCUCCUGCUCGCCUCUCCGGAUCCACACCGGAGGAGAGACGCGCUCCCCGGGCGAGAUGAAGAACGGCCUGGAGGAGGAGGAGGAGGAGGAAGGAGAUCUGGACGACGAGGUGGACGCUUCUCACCUGGAGAGGUUCAUGAAGGACCGGAGGAGAGCCCAGUCCCUGCCCGCGUACCCGGCCGCGCUCCUGGCCGGAGUCCCCGGGAGCAACGGAGGGAAGCACGUAAAGUUCGCCGACUCCAUGGGGCUCAACCUGGCCAGCGUGAAGCACUUCAGCUCGCUGGAGGAGCCGCGGAUCCCCAGCAAGGUCCUGUCGCGGCACAAGAGCUUCCCGCCGCCGCAGCACGACUUCCUCAACGACCUGUGCCAGAGCUUCAAGUCCAGCCUGGACACGGACCGGCUGGUGGCCUGCUUCCCAGAGCCGCGGGACGCAGAGCGGCGGCUCCAGCGGCUGCGCGUCUGCCUGGAGAAGGUCGUCAUCACCCAGUUGGACGUGCGGGGCCAGAUCCGGGUCCGGACCAGCUGCACCCACAAAGAGGUCGGACUCAGGUACACCUUCAACGACUGGCUCUCCUACGUGGACGCACAGGCCCUGCCCGGUGCCGCGGCCCGGCCGGGGGAAGAGGGGGAGCGCUUCGGCUUCACCGUGUACACGCCGCCCUUCAUGGACCCCAGCUCGGCCGUUCACUUCGCCGUGUACGUGCGGAGCGAAGAGGGGGAGUUCUGGGACAACAACGAGGGGAGGAACUACACCCUGCGGUACCGCUGCAUGCCCGGCACCUCGCCGAGUUUCAGCGCCGCGUUCCACGCCUACUGAGCGCGCGUAAAACCUCCAAACCUCUCCAUUCAACCGACAACUCUGUGCGUAAAACCUCCAAA